AUCGGGCGUUCGCUCUAAUCGUCAGUGUCUGCUCGCUAUCUAAAACAUUAACCGUCCAAGUGUCCAUCUAAUAGUUGGAGGCUCAUUUUUUCUUCACGUUGAUAAACGUAAAAUAGUUCAAGUGCACAAUGAAUACCCUACUCGCUCUGGUAGUUCUAAUGGUGGCGGCCGUAUACGCAGCACCGGCCGAUAGUGAUGCGCAGGCACAAAUCGUCAGCCAGACGUCCGAUGUGCAACCGGAUGGAUCGUUCAACUAUGCGUUCGAGUCGGCAAAUGGAAUCAAGGUUGAGGAUCAGGGCACGAUCAAGUCGAUCAAGGUACCGAAGCUGGACGAAACUGGCCGACAGAUCGGUGAGGAGGACGUGCAGGUGUCGGUGCAAACUGGCUCCUUCCAGUACACCGCCCCGGACGGUCAGAUCUACACGCUGAGAUACAUUGCGGAUGAGAAUGGAUUCCAACCCCAGGCGGACCAUCUCCCGGUUGCUCCCAGCAUCGUACUUGCACUGGUGGCAUCCGUUUACGGGUACCCGCAGCAUGAACGUCACGAGCAUCUUGAACAUCAUGAAACAAGCACUUACAUUCCUAUCCUGAAGUACGACAAACAGCAAGGCGAAGAUGGCAGCUAUAGAACUAUCUACCAGACGGGUAAUAAUAUCGUACACGAAGAGUCCGGCUAUCUAAAGGAUGCAUCGGAAGAUCACCCGAACGGUAUAUUGGUCCAGCAAGGUGCCUACUCGUACGAAGCACCGAACGGUGACGUCAUACAGGUGCAGUACACGGCCGAUGAGAAUGGGUUCCGUGUUCAGAGCGACAGCUUGCCCACACCACCCCCAGUACCGCCAGCAAUCCAAGAAGGGCUGAAGGAGAUCUACGAAGGUAUCAAGCGCCGCGAGCAGGAAGCCAAAAACAAUCCCAAAUACGCGGAAGAUGAAGCCAAACGGGCAGAGCUGGAUUAUAACGGCCAGUACUACAAUCAGUAGAGUUGUGCGAGUUGACUUUCAAUAGCGACACUGUGGCUUCGUUCAAUGAAGAUCCUACCGUCUAGCAUUGGUUUUUUUUAGCGCGUAACUUUAAACGGCAUCGUUUGAUAAGCGGAUUGCCGUUCAGUAGAUUUCCCGGACAAACAUAUUUAUAAUAUUUAAGCCACGCCAGGCACGGGCUGCAAAGCGCGUGCUGUGUGCUGCUGCAAUGCUGCAAACGUCACGAUAUUCAUGACAACACUUCUUAGCUGCCGACCGAAUAUCACGUUCAUGACGAAGAAAGCAACCAACAUAGACUGUGAUUACUCUAACUACUUCCCCAAAAAACGGAAAUGUUAUUGAGCUGUUAUUGGUUUGUUUUAAUAAAAGUUUAGCAAAAGUUUA